AUACACAGAAUUUGGACAGUUUUACCCUCACAAGUACGUACUCUUCUUCCUUCCAAACCCAGAGCACAAUUCUUCACUCCCCACGUCCCCUUCUCAACCUCGGUAGAGAAGCCGAUUCAUCUAGAUCUGCCCUUUUUUCCUGUAUUUCACAUUGACUGUUUUGAAUUGAUGAUUCUUAAUUAAACCCACAUUUUCUUCAUCAUUUACACCUCUAUUUAUUCGUUUAUAAAAUGGAGGGUUCUUCUAUGGAAGAAGGAACUUUGUCAGAAAUUCUAUUUGAAACUGUUGAUCACGCUUCUGCUCCUUGUUUCCCCAAUUACCCACCUCGCCAGGUAAAUAAUGCGGCCAAUUCAGGUGUUCUUUCCUUGGUUUCAAGUAUAGGUUUGACUCAGCUUAAAGAGAAAUUGAGUGCAUAUAAACAACAACCCAAGAAAGGGAAGAGGUUGGUUUCAUUAUUUGUGUCUCCAAAAGGUGAACGGAUUGCAGUCUGUGUUGGAAAUCAUUUAACAAUUUUGUGGAAAGAUGAUGAUUAUCAGAACCCAUAUGGGACAUUUAGUAAUAAAAAUAUUGAGGCAUUCACUCAUGGAGGAUGGUCCGAAUCUCAUGGUGUACUUGGAGUUGUUGAUGACGUGGACACAUUAUAUUUUAUCAAAUCAAAUGGUGAAGAGCUAAUGAAAAUAGAGCGCAGGCAUCAUAAAGUGGCAUUGCCAAUUGUGGGCCUUUUUGUGCCUAGUUUUAAAGAGACAAAGGGAUCUCAUAUGUGUACCUUUAGUUUUCUUACUUCUGAUGGGUCUCUUCAUCACAUUGAGGUCAGCCAGGAUCUCAACGCUUCUCUCUCCUCAAUUCAAACCUGGAGUGACGUAAAGAAACAGUUUUCACUACAUUUCUUCUGUUUAGACUACAAUGUAGAACAUUGCUUACUUGCUCUGGUUGGUGGGCCUAGCAAUAUUUCUAUGUCUACUAGCAGUAGUACUGGAUCUUAUACUCUUUCUAUAUGGCGGUGGAGUAAGAAAUCAGAUUUGCUUCAAGUCAGUUCUUUGCAGUUCGAAGGCAUUUAUAGCAAACCAAAAGGCUUUACAGGCCUAAUUAUAUCUCCAAAGGUGUUAAUCUCACCGAAUGGAAAAUUUAUUGGUACCUUAGAUUUAAGAGCACACUUGAACAUUUUUAAGCUCGAUGUUGACUGCUUGUCUGUUUCUCCUCUUUCUCAUGGAGAAACAAAAAGUGAUUUUCUAGAAGAUAUAGUGGAUUUCACUUGGUGGUCUGAUCACAUAUGCACUAUUUACAAGAAGGGAGGGGCUACAACCAUGUUGGAUGUCAUUAGCGGUAAAAAGCUGCUAGAAAAUGAUUCCCUGUUUUCUAUGCCUGUUCUGGAAAACACUAAAUAUUUUUCAGGCAAAGUAUUUGUUUUAGAUAUUCUAGUGCCUAGGGAGAGACAUAGUUCUUAUGAUCACUUAGAAUUAAAUUAUAUCCAUGACUUGGAGCAGUAUACCGUAGGGAACCUUGAUCAAGUUGGUAUAUCAAAACUCUCAUGGAGACUGUCAUCAUUUUCUGAGAGAUCAGUUCCUGAAAUGUAUGAUGUCCUAAUCAACAGUCAGAAUUUUCAGUCUGCUUUAGAAUUUGCUGAUCGAUAUAAAUUGAACAAGGAUAAAGUAUUUAAGUCUCAGUGGCUGAACUCUGGACAAGGUAGUGAUGAGGUGCAAUCUUUUCUGUCUAAUGUGAAGGAUGAAGCCUUUGUGCUUGGUGAAUGUGUUGAGAGAGUUGGGCAUAGUGAGGUUGCAAUGAGGGCGUUACUUGCUUAUGGACUUAAACUGACUAAUCGCUACAAGUUUGGUGAACCUGAAUCGGACUUAGGUGAGCAUGUGUGGGAUUUUCGUCUGACGAGACUUCAGUUGUUGCAGUUCAUGGAUAGGCUGGAGACAUUCCUCGGAAUAAACAUGGGCAGGUUUUCUGUGCAGGAAUACAGCAAAUUCCGUGUUAUGCCUAUUAAUGAAGCCGCUGUGAAGCUUGCUGAGAAUGGAAAAAUCGGAGCUUUAAACCUUCUGUUCAAGCGGCACCCAUUCUCCUUGUCUCCUCAUAUUUUGAAAAUACUGUCUGCUAUACCUGAAACAAUUCUAGUCCAAACAUACUGUCAACUCCUUCCUGGAAGGUCUCCUCCUUCAGUCACUGUUCUUCGAGAAAAAGAUUGGGUUGAAUGUGAAGAUAUGCUAGGUUACAUCAGAGACUUAUCUGAGCAUGACGGAAGAUCUGCACUUAUUAGAACUGAACCUGUUAUUAAGCAACUCUCAGGGAUUUUGUGGCCAUCAACCGAUGAGAUUUUGAUAUGGUACAGGGAAAGGGCUGAAGAAAUUGAUAAACUUAGUGGACAAUUAGAGAAUAGUGUAUCCUUAAUUGACUAUGGUUGCCGUAGGGGUAUGUAUGAGUUACAGCAGUUUGCUGAUGAUGUUUCAUACUUGCAGCAGAUUAUUUAUUCUGAAGGUAAUGAUGACGAGAUGAACUGUCCUAUCAGUUUUAUUGAGUGGGAGCAUAUGUCUGAUUAUGAGAAAUUCAAAACUAUACUUAAGGGUGUGAAAGAAGAAAAUUUUAUUGAAAGGUUACGUAUUCGUGCAAUCCCCUUCAUGAAGAAGAAUCUUCAUUUGGGAGGAGAACAUCAGAGGGACGAAUCAUUUUUGGUUCGGUGGUUGAAGGAGAUGGCUGUUCAGAAUAAUAUUGAUUUUUGCUCCUUGGUCAUUGAUGAAUGGUGUCAUGAUGUACAAAGUGGAUUUUUUGUGGAUGAGAUGGAAGCAGCAGACUGUGCUUUGCAGUGCAUAUACUUGUGCAGUGCGAUGGAUAUGUGGAAUACAAUGGCAUCCAUUAUUUCAAAGUUUCGAAAUGCCAGAGGUACUGAGAUUCGUUCUGCAGGUCUUGAGAAAAGACUUAAAUCAGCAGAGGGCCAUAUUGAAGCAGGCCGACUUUUGGGUCUUUAUCAGGUUCCAAAGCCAUUGGGUUUCUUUCUAAAGGCUCACAGUGAUGAUAAAGCUGUAAAACAAAUUCUCCGCCUUAUACUCUCAAAAUUUGCACGGCGACAACCAGGCCGAUCCGAUAACGAUUGGGCAAGCAUGUGGCGUGAUUUGCAGUGUUUGCAAGAAAAGGCCUUUCCCUUUGUAGAUAUGGAGUAUUUGCUAAUUGAAUUUUGUAGGGGACUUCUUAAAGCUGGAAGAUUUUCUCUCGCGAGGAACUACUUGAAGGGUACAGGAACAAUCAGUUUGCCAACUGAUAAGGCAGAAGCCCUUGUGAUCCAAACAGCAAGAGAAUAUUUUUUCUCAGCAUCAAGUCUAUCUUCACCUGAGAUAUGGAGGGCUAGGGACUGUCUUGAUCUUUUUCCGAGCAGCCCCAGUGUUAGAUUGGAGGCUGAUGUUAUUGAUGCAUUAACAGUCAAACUACCAAACCUCGGCGUUAAUAUUUUACCUCUUCAGUAUAAGCAAAUAAAGGAUCCCAUGGAAAUUGUAAAGAUGGCUAUCACUAACCAGGCUGGAGCGUAUCUGAAUGUUGAUGAAAUCAUCAAUGUUGCCAAGCUUCUUGGAUUAAGUUCUCAGGAAGAUAUAUCUGUUGUUCAAGAAGCUAUAGCACGAGAAGCUGCUGUUGCUGGUGAUCUGCAGUUGGCUUUCGAUCUAUGCCUUGUUUUGGCGCGGAAAGGUCAUGGUCUAGUUUGGGACCUUUGUGCUGCAAUAGCUAAGGGUCCUGCAAUUGAGAACAUGGAUUUAAGCUCUCGGAAGCAGCUUUUGGGCUUUGCUUUGUGCCAUUGUGAUGAUGAAUCCAUUGGUGACCUGUUGCAUGCAUGGAAAGAUCUAGAUAUGCAAGACCAACUUGACUCUUUAAUGAUGCUAACAGGCACUCCCGACUUUUCUGUUAAAGGUUCCUCGAUGAAUUUAGCUUCUGGCCAUACUGUUCAAUCUGUAUUGGUUGGUGACAUUUCUAAGCAUGAAGAAAAUCAUUUAAAUAAUAUUAAGAUGAUAAUUUCUAAGGUUGCCAAAGAUCUUCCUGUGGCAAAUGGAACCAGUUGGGAUGACGUCCUACGAGAAGAUGGGAAAGUCCUAUCUUUUGCUAAUCUGCAACUUCCAUGGUUAGUCCAAUUAAGUUGUGAUUCAGAACUGGUAAAACAUUUCGAUCGUGUUUCGGUUCCCGGAAAACAAUAUCUUUCAGUGAGAAUUCAAGUCGUAACAAUUAUCUUGUCCUGGUUAGCUAGAAAUGGGUUUGCUCCCAGGGAUGAUUUGAUUUCUUCUUUGGCUAAAUCCAUUAUGGAACCACCAGUUACAGAGGAAGAUGAUGUCUUGGGUUGCUCUUUCCUUCUAAACCUCGUUGACGCUUUACAUGGGGUUGAAGUUAUUGAACAACAACUAAAUGCAAGGGAAGAUUACCAGGAGAUUUGUAGUCUUAUGAAUGUAGGGAUGAUCUAUAGUUUAUUACACAAUUCAGAAGUCGAAUGCAAAGAUCCACUUCAAAGGAGGGAGCUCAUAUGGAGAAAAUUCCAGGAGAAGAUUAGUUCAGAGGACCUCGAUAAAGUUGAAAAAGCACAUUCCACCUUUUGGAGAGGCUGGAAGCUGAAAUUGGAAGAGCAAAUGCGAGUGGCAGAUCAUACAAAGGUGUUGGAGGAACUAAUCCCCGGGGUUGAUACUGCACGCUUCUUAUCUGGGGACUUGCAGUAUAUGAAUAGUGUUGUAAUGUCCUUCAUCGAAUCAGUGAAAUUGCAAAGGAAACCUAUCUUGAAAGACGUGUUGAAACUAGCAGACACCUAUGGCUUAAAUCGCACAGAGAUUUUGUUGAAGUUCCUGGCUUGUGUUUUGGUUUCGGAGGCUUGGAGCAAUGAGGAAAUAGAUGCUGAAAUUCUAGAUUUUAGAGAAGAAAUUCUUCAUUCUGCGACAGAGAGUAUUGAUAUCAUAACUUCUGUUGUGUAUCCUGUGAUUGAUGGUUGCAAUAAAGCUCGCCUUGCUUAUGUUUUUGCACAGAUAUCAGAUUGUUACCUGCAUUUGGCCGGAACACAAGACCUAGCUGAGUCAUCUAUAAAGUUGGGGCAAUUUUACCGGGUCCUUGGACAAGAAUGCUUUGAUGUCUCCUUCAUUACCGAUCUGAACUUCAAAAACAUCGUCGAUGUAAAUUUUGGCAGCCUUAACUCUGAUCUAUUCAAUCAUGAAAUUUGCCAGCAUGUUAAUGAAUUCACAGUGGAAGCAUUGGCCAAAAUGGUACAAGCACUUCAUAGUACUAUAACCGGUGCAUCUUCAAAGAAUAUUAUGUUUUGGCAAGAUGUGUAUAAGCAUCAUGUUCAAACUCUGUUGAAGAAUUUGGAGUACAAGGCUAAAAAGAUUCGUCUCGAAAAUCCCGAGAGCCUGCUGAACUUGCUAAGUGAACUUGAACAGACAUAUGAUGCCUGCAGAAAGUAUAUUAGAAUCUUGGAUCAUCAAUCUGCCUUGAUCAUCAUGAACAAAUUCUUCAAUGGAGUUGUCCCUUUGCAUGUUUUUAAGGAGAUUAUGCAUCUUUCUUUAAAGGACUGCCUUAUUGUGCUUCUGAACUUCUGGGUUAGAUUGAAUGCUGAUUUGGUGGAAAUUGCCGAAAAUCUGGAGAGGUCAACUGCAGUUUCUCUGAUGAUUUGCUUCAAAGUUUUCAUGAAGUUAGUCGUGGACGGAAAAGUUUCACAAAGUCAAGGAUGGGAAGUGGUGUAUUUCUUUGUCGAUAGUGCUGCAACUCGCCCAUCCGUAGAUUAUUGUUCUUUCUGUAGGUCCAUGGUCUUGUCUGGCUGCACGUUUAGCUCUGUGGAGGCGGUAUUUUCCGAAGCUUUUUCAGAAUGCUCAAUUGACUUGAGUAUAAACCCCGGCACUAAGGGUGGUGUUAGUUGUUCACCUGAUGUUUGUAACUUAUACCUUAACAUACUAGAAAGUAUUCUAUCUAACUUGGUUCAUGACAAUGGGGAACGGCAAAAGUUACACAACUUGUUAUCUUCCAUUAGUGGAUUGGAUGGUGACCUGGAAACUCUAAAACGGGUUCGUACUGCCGUUUGGGAAAGAAUAGCCAAGUUCUCUGAUAACCUGCAGCUACCAAGUCAUAUAAGAGUUUAUGCACUCGAGGUGUUGCAAUAUAUUUUAGGUCGAAAAGGGAAGAUCUCUACAGAGCAGGAAGACGGUAUUAUUCCGUGGGAAAGCUGGGAUGAUUGGAGCGCCACGGGUAAAAGUUCCGAACUUACAGAAGAGCAAGUUCUUCAAAGUCAAGCCGAGGGAACAAACCGAUUUAAGAAUACACUGGUUGCACUGAAAACGACUGAGCUUGCUGGUUCGAUAUCAUCCCACUUGGAAAUAAGUGCAGAUGAUCUUCAAACGGUUGAUUCUGCAGUUUCUUGCUUUACAAAAUUUUGUGGGGCGGCAGAUUCACAUGCUCAUUUUGAGGCUCUUCUGGCCGUUUUAGGCGAGUGGGAAUCCCUCUUUCUGGCUGAGAAAACAAACGAAACUUCUGUCGAAGUUUCUGGGGCAUCUGAUCCCGGUAUCAACUGGAGUGAUGACUGGGAUGAGGCCUGGGAAAGCUUUCAUGACGAGGAACCUGUUGUAGACGAGUACGUAAAGCCCUCCAUCUCUAUCCAUCCUCUGCACAAAUGCUGGAUGGAGAUCUUGCGGAAACUCGUCAUGCUGUCACGAUUUGAUGAGGUUGUGAAAUUAAUCGACCAAUCCUUGGUAAGAUCUGACAUCGUUUUGAUUACUGAAGACGAUGCAAUUAACCUGAGCAACAUGUUAAUCGAUUCUGAUUCCUUCAUGGCUCUAAAAGCCAGUUUAUUACUCCCAUACAGAACAUUACAUUUACGCUGCUUAGAUGCAGUCGAAAAGCAGCUUAAACAAGGAGAUAACCUGGAGAAUAUCGACAUGAAAUUCUUAAUCCUCGUUUUGUCUUCUGGGAUUAUUUCCAGUAUCAUCUCGAAAUCAGAAUUCAGAGCUACAUUCUCUUACACCUGUUACCUGGUGGGCGUUUUUUCACGACAAUCUCAGAAUGCCCUAGUGUCAAGCAUACAUCAGAAUAUGAGUUGUGACGACGACGAAAGCUUCAACUCAACGUUUAGACGAGUUUUGUUCCCUUGUUUUGUGGCGGAGUUGGUGAAGGCGAACCAGCAGAUUCUAGCAGGAUUUCUCGUGACUAAAUAUAUGCACACAAACCCUUCUCUGUGCUUGUUAAAUGUGGCCGAGGUUGGCCUCAGACGAUAUUUACAAAGCCAUGUUCAGUUGCUCGAAAGUCACGACUCUUCCUCUGAAGCAACAAAGCCUGAAAUACUACGGCAGACACUAACCAACUUGGAAGGGAAAUCGAAGACCUUGAUCUGUUCUGCGUUAUCAUCGCUUUCCAAUAGUUCGUAGUUCGUUAAACAAACCCACACUGCUGAUAUUUCUCUUUUCAGCAUGAGGAUCUUUUCUUUUUUUCAAGAUAUAAUUUAAUUUGGUAGGAUGUUAUGUGGGAAGCCAUGUAAGUUUCUUUGUUGUGUUAAUUUGUACAUUUAUGAGUAACCUGGUUUCUGAAACAUGAUCUGGAUUUUGGUGCACUGUUUUGAACUGGCAAUAGUUUUGUUCUUGUUAUUGUUUUAGUCAACCAUAGUCAAACUUGGGUUAGUUUUUUAAGAGUAGCAUUCUUAUAUUUUUUUUAUUUGGGGUAGGCUAGAAAAUUCCUUAGAUAUAAAGGGAUAGAUAGAGAUGUUCAAAAUAAAUUUGAUGCUCUGAAAUUUACCCAACUUUGUAAUCGAAUUCGAUUUGACCUGACUUUAUAAAUGAUUUACAAUUAUAUAAAAAAUAAUAUGGAGUUAUGGACAUAAAACCGAUUUCAAACCGACCUGAAACACCAA